UUCCCUUUCUUUAAAUAACAGACUUUGAAUAAGUAAUCUCUGAACCUACACAAUAUGAAAGAUCAGCAAACUAAAGACUUAUUGGCACCACGGCCAGUACAUCCUACGGCCAUACGACAUCAUGGUCUAUUUGGUUCCACAUUUGUAAACCAGCACAUGGUCAUAGAUCAGAGAUGGUCUACGGGAGCAUUAAUAGAUGAAUUUCAUGGAAUGGCUAAUUUAUUAAGCAAACGUUUGCUCUUCAAGAACUUGGAAAACAAGGCCUAUCGCAAGCAACUGUAUAAAUCCGCCCGCAACUUACGCACCCAGUGCCGCAAUGGUCGCACCAAAUUGCAAAACAUUCUGCAUGGCAACAAUGUGGUGGCCAUACGCAACUAUCUGCUCAAUCACAAAGAUAUGCAACGUUUAUAUCAGAAAAUGCCUGUCAAUUUAGUGGUGGACAUCAUCAAUCAGCGUACGUUUGUCAUGCGCAAGGAACGUGAUCGUUUAGAACAUCGUCUGCAGCAAUUAAAGCGAAACUACGAAAUAAAAUUAAUAGAACGGGCCAGUAUAGAAAAUCGCAUUAAGUACGAAGAUGAGUUUGUUUUGGAGGAGGAAAUUAAGUUGCGUGAAUUUCUAAAGAAAGUCGAAAAUUCCAAUAUACGUUUGAGAGCCAUUAAGACGAUAAAUGCCACAUAUCGUAAAGUCUUACAAGUUUUGAGGCAUGAUGAAAUAUUCUAUGAACCAAUUUUGCGUUCACUUUCCAAGGAUAUUGACGAUCAGUCGAAUUUCAUAAAACAUAUAUUGUAUUUGGGGAUACCGGCAUUGGCGAAAUUUAAGAAAUUAAAUGAGGAGUAUAGGCUUUUGGAAGAAAAAUCACGCAAAAGUGCUCAACUUAAAAUUCAAACUGUGGCCGGUUUCAAAAGAAUCGCCCCAAAACAAAUGCAAGCGAAAACUUCUAAACCGGCUGAUCUGGUGGUGAAUAUCAGCAAACGCUAUACACGCGAAACGAAAAGUAUGUUGAAAUUGAAAAAUCAACUGGAAGACAUUGAGUCCGUGAUAAAACAAAUUAAAAUGGCAACACUGUGUUCAAAGGCCAAGGAAAUUUUUCCGAGAAUACAAUCUCAAGUAGAGAGUAAUUUCAAAUUGAUUAAACAAAAUGAUAUUGGCCAAAUACAUCAUGAGUUCCUGACCUUUAAAGAGAAGGUGGCAGCAGAGCGGGAAAGUAUUCUCUUGCAUAAUUUCUCUGAACAGGAAGAAAAACGUUUAUUGCACAUUAAAACACUAGAAGAACAAAUAAAAGCCCAGGAUAUCAUAGAAGAAGACACUUUGCGGCACAUAAAAAAUCGGGCAGAUGUCUUUGUCAUAUUGAGAUAUACACUUUGGAAUUUAUCUGAUAUUUUAAGAUAUGUUGACCGCCCAUCCAAAGUUUAUCACAUCAAAUAUCCUAGUUCAUAUUUAAAGUUGCCUUUAUUGAAAUUUGAAAUGCUGACAAUGCGAGCCUGUGCACCCGAGUUAUUUGAGGAGGAUACUAAAUUAAUAUUAACAUCUGUCGAAAAGAAACUACGCACUUUAAUGAGGGGCUUUACUACACUGACUGGUAAAAUGCCCUCUAAAACUGAAACCCUGCCACCUCAAACGCUUGCAGAGUUAUGGGAGGAGUAUCAUGCUAAUUUCUUGACCAGCAAGGAAUUUGAAGAGCAACAAGAAGAAGACAUCGAACAGAAACCUUUGCAGCCGGAAGAUGACUUAUUCGAAGAUUCCAAAACUAUUCAUAAUGUACCGAAUCGUAAACAAAUCAAAUUGCAGAGUGCCAAGGUAGUGGAAGAACUUUCGAAAAAGGAAGAUUAG